AUGCUGCUAGCGCCUCCAGACGAGCAAUUACAAAGCACACGAGACACUAUUCCGUCCGGUGGACAGAGGCCUGUUAUGAUGUACAGUUCUACUGGUGAAAGAUUCUUUCUGGGAAAUGAAGCAACCAUAUCGUUUAUGAGAUUUCUUCAGGAAAUAUUAAAGCGCUCCAUUGGCACCAACAACUUCUCCGAAAACCAAGGUGGCCGCUUGAUGUUUGAGGCUGAAAUUCUGGACCCAGGAAAGGCAGACUUCGAUGAUGUUCUUCAAGAGUCUGAGAAGAGGGUCUAUAUUCAGUGCUUCUUGGGUGCUAUCCCUAUAAAGUCUAGUGGGUUUCUGGAUCUGUUCACCCAGACGGAAAUGGAACAUCUCCUGGCAUUCUGCAGGCAAUUCAAAUCCCCGGGACCCAAUCCAAUCGGCGAUAUCGAAAGACAGCGGAUCUCCUGCCUCUGCUUGAUGAUCGCAAUCGGUGCUCAGUGUAGAGGUCGUGAUGAGCAAGAUCUUCAGUACGCGGCAAAGUAUUUCUGCCGUGCUCGAAAACUGGCUUUUCAAGACAUGUUCGAAGCGCCGACUGUCGACAUGGCGCGCUCAUUUAUUCUGAUGGCAUUCUAUAUGCUCGGCGCUUGUCGUCGAAAUUCGGCUUUAAUGUACAUUGGGGUCGCCUCCAAAGCCUGUGUCAUCUUAGGAUUGCAUACGUCGGCGACCAGCAGUAGCAUUUGUCGAGCGGAGGCGGAGGCCAGAUUACGCACCGGGAAGAGCAUUCGCGUGCUUGAUAUGGUUUGCAGCACGAUACUUGGGCGGCAGGAGAGCACUCCGCUCAUUCAAGACGGUGCUAAAAUCGGCAGUCCCGAUCAUGACAUCAGCCAUCGCUCGACUGCGUUGGGUGCUCUAUAUGGAGUGACCUCUGUGCUUGGGACCAUUGUGAAGGAACUGGCCAGUAAACCCAGCUUGGACGUCAGUUCUGCAGAAAACUUUCUCCAAGCAUUGCGCGAAUGGAGCCAUGGGCUUCCUCAAGCACUGCGUCAGGAACCUAGUGAAGAACCCGAGACGCGCGUCGAUCCAAAAUAUAAGGAAAUCAUGAUUGGCAAUAUCCAUGUUGCGUGCAUGUAUUACUUCGCUGUCAUUCUAGUCACACGUCAAUUCUUAAUCAUGCACGUUGUGCCACGGAUCGACGGCAAGAGACCGUACCGAAUGGCUUCAUACCGAGAAAUCGAUCGAUCAAGGAUAGACGAAAAGAUUGCGGAGUUAUCGGAUGUGUGUUCUGGCGCUGCAGUAUACAUGACCCAGAUAUGCCGCGAUGCAGCAGAUUCUGGCAUCCUGUUGGCCAACAUGUGUAUCCUGAAGGCAUGGAUAUUUGCAGCGGGACUGGUGCUAGGAUUCUCACUUCUCAGCGAGAACCAGGCAAGUUUAGAGCAUUGCACAGCUUUCCACGGAUCGCGCCACGUUCUCUGCUUGCUGGGACGUGUUAGCCCACAAGCUGAUCAAUAUUACCGCAUUUUGGGAAGUUUCUCAGAGGCUAUAGACUUAUAUAAACAGCAGGUCCUGCGCCGACGACGAGAGUAUGGCAUACCUUAUGUAGAGAAGCUUCUCUCUAUCCGGCCGGAAAGCGGCCGCAAAAGUGACUGGCCAAAUAUUACUUCUCCUCCACCAAGCACAUCGAGUGAAGGUUUGCGGCCCGACGAUGGAGAGAGUGACGGCCAGGAUUACAUGACCUUGUCGCUCGAUCUUGCAAAUGAACAACAAGCUAGUGACUGGCUGCAGCUGACGAAUAAUGCCGACCCGCUGCUGCGCCUUUUCUUAGAUGAAAAUACUGGCAUUCCCGGCUUCCUGUUAGCUGAAAGAACCGAAUAA